GUACAGGCAGUUUUCUUUUAACAUGUGCUCACUUUGGCGCGUUCACUUUGGGGUCAGACAUUGACGGACGACAAAUUCGCGGACAAGACCAGUAUAAUCUAAGUGACAAAGUCUUGGAUUCCUUAGUCUUUGAUAUACGUCAUCAUCCGUGGCGAGAAAAUCUCUGGUUUGAUGCAAUUGUAACCGAUCGUGAACGAUUAGUUACAAUGGAAAAAUUUAAAGAAAAUGUCGAGGGUGAACAUGCAAAUGUGAAGAAUGCGAAAAGUUUAGAUAAUAUGUCACUACUAUUCCAAAAAAAGAAAGAAGGAAAAAGUGAUAGAGAUGAAAAAGAUUUCGGAAAAACGUAUGAUA